GGGGGUGAUUUCUUUUGGACUAUUAAGAGAUUGGUGCAGAAAAUGUAACUAUUAAUAUUAUUCCUGUUCCCUCCUUCAGCUCGAAAGAGUAAGCCCCAUGUAAAUGUUCUCUUCUAGUAGCGUUUUGCAUGUGAUCAUUUAUUUGCCAUCAUUUCUCUUGCUCAUACAAAAGAAGAAAAUGUAAAAUGUCUGACCAAGACUUGAAAGUAUUACAACAUAGUGAGGUCCUGCAGGCUCAUUUCCACGCUCCGGUUGUGCUGAUUCUGCAUGGUUAGAGAGAUCGCAGCCUCUGCACCACAAUAUUUCACUCAUACGGGAAUCAGGCAACCGAACUGCUGUCAGGCCAGCGAUUGCUGCCAUCAAAUCUAUAUUCAUGAACACUGUAGAGACUUCUUGUGAUAGAAAAUUCAUGAAUACAAGCAAUGUGAAGACAGACGUUUUCCUGUAUUAGGGGUUUUUUGCCCUUUGGCGGUCAAUAAAUGUGACAAAGUUGCUAUGAAUUAUUGAACACGUAUAUAUUGAUAUGUAAUUGAAAAUGAUUUGGUUUAAUGAGCCCUCAGUAUGAGAAAGGUCCGAUAUUGCAAAAAAAAAAAAGGCAAAUCACCACAAAUUCCUUUUCGACAACAUUUAGAAGGCAAGAAGAGCAAACAAAACCAUGUUACAAAAAUUACUAAAAAGGAUACAAUAACAAGAUUUAAAUGAAUUAAGGCUAUGACUAUUUUAGUCAUGGACAAUUCCGGAGCCAAUGGUGCGUCCUUGCAAUAUUGUGCAAUAUUCUUCAAUUACGCCCCCUUCUGUCUGUGAUUAUACCUACACUUAGAAAAGUGAAGUCCCUCGCAUCUGCCCAUGUAGCCUAAUGGGGAGCAAGAAGACCUUGCUGGCCCGUGAUCGCCCAGCACUGGAAAUCCCUCUCAGUAUGCAUUGACCACAUCAGUAAACAUCUUGUUCACGUUUUACCUGUCGGAUAGUGUUAAUCACAAAUUGGCUUUGUUAUAUUCUGUGAAGGCUUUUUUAAAAACACAUCUCUUAGCAAUCGAUUGUUUCAGAUUCCCCGGAAGCUACAGUGUUCACUUCUGUUGCGUUCAUUGACUUCUGGCACCUAGAUGCUCAUUUAUGGUAAAACAAGCUCAAUUUAUGCAAACCCCACGUGGCCCAGUAGUUAUAAAUAAAGCCUCAACUUGAUGCUUCGCUGUUGCCUAGUGAACGUGAACGCGCUCUCUUCCGUCCGGUGUGGAGAGCGAGAGAGACGGCUUGUGUGUGUGUGUGUGUGUGUGUGUGUGUUGGAGAAAGGAGGAGGAGGUGGUGAUGUGUAUGUGGGAGCGAGAGCAAAGACUCUGCAGUGUCUUGCCAGCUGCAUUCUACAGUAGUGCAUUUCCCACCGCCCCUGAUGCCUUCACGGCCAAAGGCUUUCUCCUCCCCCGCGUCCACUCGUGAAGACGCGGAGACGAACUCGCCCGCAAACUGAGCCGGGCACCGGUCAGCUCGACAACGCGGACCUGCUUCCGUUCUUCCUUCCUUGCUUCCUUUUCCUUCUCGCUCGCAUCCAUUCAUCCAGCCGCCGACGCGCGCAUUUGAAUGGAAGAUGGCGAGGGGCGGGCGGUGUUUCAGCGACGUCCGCUUGGUAUCUCUGCAGCUCAUCUUGAUGCUCGGCGGCGCGGCGUGGCCUGGUUCCGAAGGGCUCACCUUCCCACAACAGUACACGAUAAUGCACUGGGCGAGGCGCAUCGAGCAGGAGAUUGACAGAGUCUUUCAGCACAUCAGUGGAGCUCAGCAGUUGAAAGGGAUAUACAAUGAAGAAAGGAGACACUUUAAUUUGGGGAAGAAUCAACCUCGAAAAAUCGUGGAGAAGGUCGCUUCCGAUAUCGAGAAACUUCUGGCGAAGAAGCGCAAAGCUCUCGAAAGGCUCGCCAGUGAGGCUGAACGGCUCCAGCAAGAGCAUCCCUGGCAAGAUGGCAUCAAGGAGCUGGACAUGGCCUAUUAUGACUCUAAGGCAGAGCUGGAUCAUUAUUCCAUGGAUGGCGAGAGUGAAGUCGAUAAUCCUUCCCAUAUCAAAUUGGAGUUUGUGUACGACCCCAACUUCAAAAACAAUGUCAACUACUCCUACACGGCUGUUCAGAUACCCACAGACAUUUAUAAAGGAGCUCCGGUCAUUCUCAAUGAGCUCAACUGGACGCAGGCGCUGGAGAAAGUCUUCAUGGAGAACAGUCAGGAGGAUCCGUCACUACUGUGGCAAGCGUUUGGCAGCGCCACGGGGGUGACGCGCUACUACCCGGCCAGUCCAUGGAAAGCCCCAGAUAAAAUUGACCUGUAUGAUGUCAGAAGGAGACCCUGGUACAUUCAAGGUGCUUCCUCCCCCAAAGACAUGGUCAUUCUUGUUGAUGUGAGCGGCAGUGUCAGCGGACUCACACUUAAGCUGAUCAAGGCGUCGGUGAUGGAGAUGCUGGACACUUUGUCCGAUGAUGACUAUGUCAACGUGGCGCGGUUCAGUGAGAAGGCAGAGGCAGUGGUUCCUUGUUUCAAACAUCUGGUCCAGGCCAACGUGCGCAACAAGAAAAUCUUUAAAGAGGCAGUGCAGCAGAUGCAGGCCAAAGGCACCACGGACUACAAGUCUGGAUUUCAUUUUGCCUUCAAUCAGCUGCUCAAUAAAACAAACGUGCCACGGGCCAACUGCAAUAAAAUCAUCAUGCUUUUCACCGAUGGAGGUGAGGACCGAGCUCAGGAUGUCUUCCUGCAGUACAACUGGCCCAACAAAACGGUUCGAGUUUUCACUUUUUCAGUGGGCCAGCACAACUACGACGUCACGCCCUUACAGUGGAUCGCAUGCACAAAUAAAGGUUACUAUUUUGAGAUCCGUUCCCUCUGUGCCAUAAGGAUUAACACGCAGGAGUACCUUGAUGUGUUGGGACGUCCCAUGGUUCUUGCAGGCGACGAGGCCAAGCAGGUCCAGUGGACCAAUGUGUACCAGGAUGCUUUGGGGCUUGGGAUGGUCGUAACUGGGACUUUGCCUGUGUUCAAUCUCACCAUGGAUGGAAAACUACAGAACCAGCUGAUUUUAGGCGUCAUGGGAGUCGACGUGCAUCUCGAUGAGAUCAAGCGCCUGACACCACAGUACAGUCUUGGCGCCAAUGGUUACAUAUUUGCAAUUGACCCGAAUGGAUAUCUUCUGCUUCAUCCCAAUCUGCUGCCCAAGCUGGUGCAUGUCCCAGAACCUGUCACUCUGGACUUCUUGGAUGCAGAAGUGGAGGACAGCAAUAAAGAAGAGAUCCGAAGACAGAUGAUUGAUGGACGACCAGGUGACAUGCAGAUCAAAACUCUUAUCAAGUCCGUUGACGAGCAAUACAUUGAUGAGGUGUACAGAGGUUAUACCUGGACCCCUGUCAAUGGUACAGAUUACAGUCUGGGGCUGGUACUACCUCCCUACAAUGAGUACUACAUCCAGGCAGACCUCAGUGACGUGAUGCUUCAGCUUCAGUACAUGCAGUCAUUACUGCCGAGCUCCUUUGAAUCUUCGGGACAUGUCUUUCUUGCUCCAAGGGAAUACUGCAAGCGUCUGCAGCUUUCGGACAACAACACGCAGUUUUUGCAGAACUUUCUCUCCCUCAUGCUGGAAAUUUCUCCCGGAUCGGAGGAGUGUGAUCAAAAGCUCAUACACAACCUGAUCCUGGACUCUCGGAUUAUUGGGCUGCUAGCCUCACGCGUGUGGAAGAACAAGGAUCUCAAUUCGUACGGCUUCCUGGCUGUUUUUGCAUCCACUGACGGAGGCAUAACGCGAGUGUUCCCCAACUUAGCUGCUGAGGUAUGGGAUGAGGACGCCGAGCCCUUCAAUUCAAACUACUACCGAAGGAGCCUUGACAACAAAGGAUACAUGUUUCGAGCUCCGCCGAGAGACUCUUUGGAUGACAUGUUAGGACCAGAAAAUGGCACAGCUGGAAUCCUGGUUACUUCAGCUGUGGAGGUUAAUUUAGGAGGCAAACUUCUCAAGCCUGCAGUGGUGGGCGUAAAGCUGGACCUGGAAGCGUGGGUCGACAAGUUCAAGAUACUGGCCAGCAACGUGUCAGACAGUCGGCAAGGCUCCUACAAGUGUGGACCAUCCAGGAGCUGUGAGAUGGACUGUGAGGUGAACACUGAUGACCUCCUCUGCUACCUCAUUGAUGACGGUGGCUUCCUGGUUAUGUCUAAUCAAAGAGAUCACUGGAAAAAGAUUGGAUUAUUUUUUGGAGAUGUGGACCCAUACUUGAUGCACGCGCUCUAUAACAACUCCAUCUUCAACCGCCGACAGACUUUUCAUUUCCAGUCAGCAUGUGAGCCUGUCAGCAGCAGCCACACCGGGGCAGCACCUCGACGCUUCUUUUUGCCAUCUGUCGCUGACAUCCUCAGCUUGGCGUGGUGGACGUCCACGAUGGCCUGGUCUUUGAUCCAGCAGCUACUUUACGGACUGGCACACAUCAGCUGGCUCCAACAAGACGACAUCUUCAUCGAAGGCUUUGAUAUAAAGACGAGCAGCUGUGUGACCAUCCAGAGCCAGUUCUUCUUCACCAACACCACCAACUCGUACAACGUGCUGCAGGAUUGUGGCAACUGCUCACGGCUGUUCCAUGCCAAGCGGAUAGAAAACACCAACCUCCUCUUUGUGGUGGCCGAGACGCUCCCCUGCAGCUCUUGUGAGAUCGAGAGGCUGAGCCAAGUCAAGACAGAGUUCCAGGAGGAAAAUCCUUGCGAGGUACUGAGCAACGCACGAUAUCGGAGAGGUCCGACAAGCUGCCUUGACUUCAGUGCCUUAGAAAAUACUUCCGAGUGUGGACGGGCAGAUUUUGUGCAGCCCUACAUGGGGGUCCUUCUUGUCCUUCAACUCAUUCUGCCUUUCUUGCGCCACUGACGCGUGCUGCCAUUCACUGACAUGUCGACUGAAGGUCAGGUACCCAAAGCAAGUGACUCAUCUUCUGGAUCAAGUUUUUUUUUCUCACUGGUCAGUUGAAACAUUCCUUUAACGGGACAACAAACAAACACUCAAAUGGGACGUUUGUCAAUUUGGGGCCAAAAGAGGUGAUAAGGAAUUUGUUAUCAUCUCUUCCUGUCUGGAGCAUUCCGACAUACAGGAGCAACUAAUUGAUGCUGAAUGUGUCCCGGCGGUAUAAAAUGUGCUCACGUGUCAAUGCAAUGAAUGCUUUGACAUGAAUGAAAAUGGAUAGAGAGACUUUAGAGCUCAAUUCUGACCAACAGCACACUUUUUUUUUUGUGGCCUUUUCUUCGCAUUAAAGUUCUUUGACCAAGCGGUAGUACAAAUUCUAAUUACUGGUCACAUGAUGACCUGUUUACAACCUCUCUGUGAUACGUAAAAUUUACAAAGCAAGCAUUCUUAAGAAACGAGACCGCACAUAUCCGUGACCAAAUAAUUGAGGUGAAAUUUCUGAGAAGAUCUUGAAGUGCUUCCGUUAAGAAAAAAAAUAAAAACAUGACACACAUGACAUUUGGCAAUUAAAAUUUAAUGUCAUGGUCAUUUAUAUGGAUUCAAACAGAUUGGAACAGGGGUCCCCAAACUACGGCCCGCGGGCACAUUUGGCCCUCUAACCCCAUUGUCCUCGGGUCAAAAUGACCCGUCACUCUGUUAAAAACGCCCCAAAAACACCCUAAAUAAUAAUUUUAUGACUUUUCCUAGCUUGUCCCCAACUGCAGAAAAAUUUAAAUGUUGUUUUUAUUCAUAUUUCCAUGGUGGUCCAAAGGUGGUCUUCGGGGCAAAAUAACCCAUGACGCAAAUAGGGUUGAAAUCAAGGUCACAAAGUUAUUUACACACCAUAGAAUGUUUCAGUGUUUUAGUUGUGUCUCAGAUCAAUUAGUAGAACACGUGAACAAGACGGUAGCAGACAUAAACAAGACAAGAUAGGUGGCGUUCUCGUAGAUGGC